GCUUCUCCAUGCAGGAACUGGAGUCAGAGGCUUCCCCUGCUGCCUGCAGGGAGAGAGACCAUUAGGAAUGCCUCUCAGUAACCGGUUUCCUGGGGUAUCUGAAGUUAGACACACAGCCUGGAGCAAUCUGAACACAUCGCCCCCGCAGCUCUGCAGGAAUCAGGAUGCAGGCCAAAUACAGCAGCACGAGGGAUAUGCUCGAUGAUGAUGACACCAGCAUAAGCCUGUAUUCUGGAGCUUCCACUGUCACCAGACGUGCAGAUCCGAGGCAUUCAGCAGAGAACGAGACUCCCUCUUCAGUUUGGCGCCCAGUGGCUCUGACCCUGCUGACCUUGUGUUUGGUGCUACUCGUUGGCCUUGCAGCCCUGGGCCUUGUGUUUUUUCAGUUCUACCAGCUCUCCAAUAUCCAGCAAGACAGCAUCGCUGAAAAGGAUGAAAGGCUGGGGAAUGUAUCCCGACAGCUGCAGUCCCUCCAGAUGCAGAACAGGAGACUCAUAGAAACUCUACAGCACGUAGCUGUAAAACUGUGUCGUGAACUUUACAACAAAAGCGGAGGACACAGAUGUAGCCCUUGCCCAGAAAAAUGGAAGUGGCAUGGGGACAAAUGUUACCAGUUCUAUAAAGAGAGUAAAAACUGGCAGGGCUGUGAAUAUUUCUGCUUGGCUGAAAAUGCCACCAUGCUGAAGAUAAGCACACAGGAAGAGCUGGAUUUUGCCAUGCCUCAGAGCUACUCUGAGUUUUUCUACUCUUAUUGGACAGGGCUCUCCCGCAAUGGCAGUGGCAAAGCGUGGCUGUGGACAGAUGGGACACCUUACUCCUUUGAACUGUUUGAGAUUAUAAUAGAUCCCACCAACCUAAGGAACAGGGACUGUAUGACCAUCUUCAAUGGAAAGGCUUUCUCAAAGGACUGCAAAUAGCUGAGGAGGUGUGCCUGUGAACGGAUGGCAGGGAGAGUGGUACCUGAGGUGCUCCAGUAGGUGGCAUCAAACAUUGAGCAGAGGAAGUCAACAGGUCAGCUUCAACCACCAGCCAAAGGUUUGAAUCAAGUGAGGCCAACACCAUGGACAUUCGAAGUUUUGGGAAACAGAGAAGCAGCUGCGGAGACUUGAGAGGUUCUCCUUAUUCUGGCUCAGCAUCAUUCAUACCUGAGCACCGGUUCUUACACACUUUUACCAGUCACAAAGAUUCUUAUGAAGCACCAAUUAGCCUCAGUAGGCUAGAGCGUUGUCCUCCUUCAUUUACAGAAGGCUUUCAGCUGCCUCCCAGUGACUGUUUUCACCCUGUUUCCCAUGUCUCCUUUACACUAGAAAAAGAGGCACAUAAAAAACAGAGGGGGUAAUACAAAGCCACUCACUGUGUGUGGUGGUGUCUACACAAGUCUUGGUGCCUUCCGGCUCUCAGCACUUUGACGGUGGAAGCAAGACAUGAAAAGUUUAAGGCCAGCCACAGCUACACAGAAAGGAGGCCAUCCUCUGCUAUAUGAGGACCUCUUCUCAAACGGCAAGAAGGAACAAAAGAACAAGAGAGUUAAAAGGAAGAAAGAAAGAAAGAAAGAAAGAAAGAAAGAAAGAAAGAAAGAAAGAAAGAAAGAAAGGAAGGAAGGAAGAAAGAAAGGACAGCAGAGAAUAGAGAAAAGGGAAGUGGGGUCCUUUGGGGUCCUUUGUCCUAACAGGAAGUCCAAGAGAAACUAGCAGACAUCUCAUUCCUGUGCUGUUAUACACAGCUAAUCCUUUUUGUUUCCAGUUCACACUUUGCCUUUCCCAGGCUCUCAACAAUUGCUCCACCUGCUACACCGCUGAUCAUCUUUCCAGCUGAACUGGCUCUCAUUGUGUCAAUCUCCAGUCCAUCAUUGUGUCCUUCCCCAAUCAUGUUGCCUAGGAUGAUCUCACCUCUCAUAUAAGUUUGAAUUACUGUCCCUGUACUCCGGCAAGGAGACUGGAGAGAAAUUUUAGUCUCUUUAAAUACAGAUAAUAGUUUGGAUUCUUCCUCCAUUCCAUUUGAAAUAUGUUUAUACCUUCCAGGUACUGAAGAUUUAAUAAUAAUAAGUGUGAAUAAUGUGAAAUUGGUAUGGUUUUAGAAUGGAUUUGUGACUUGGGGGGAAAUCAGCAAGAGAAUGCUUUUCACUACUGUUUUAACUGACUGUUAACUUGUGCCUUGACCAUUGGUGGAGCCACUCUGAGGCUACUGUUUAUGAAAUAUCUGAGGAUAAUAAAGUAUCCAAAACAAAUUGUCUCCAAAAGGAUGGCUGUAUGAUAUUUCUAAAGUGAAAUGGUUUUGACAAAAAUCACGACAUCGAUGUUGGUCUUUUGAGUACCUGAGGUGUGGUAGACCACAUGAUAUCUAAACAGGAGUUGGAGGAGAAAGAUAAGCUGUGAAGUUUACAUAGCCAAACUCUUGACUAGACAUUAUUUUCUCUGGGUGAUGACAUUCAAAGCCAUCACGGGAGUUGUGAAUAUCACCAUGCCAACUGGAUUCAUCGCUUAUAGAGAAGCCAGCAUUAUAGGGUUGACAGCACCAGUAUCAGAUGUCACACUCUUAGUUUUCAACAGUAAAUACUGGGAAACAUCUAUUUCAUGGUGAAAUUACUAAAUUAGCCCUUUUGUAAUGAGAACAAUUCUGUAUUUAUUUUCAUAAGACAUAAUUUGAUAAUAGUCAUUUAUCUAAACAUGACUGAUAGGCUGCUUAAAUUUUCUCUUAGAUUUUUUUCCAACUAGCUAGGGGGUUUCUUCAUUGAUGAAUGAACUCUGUGCAGGGUUACUGUGUCAAGUAAACAGAAUGUAUUCAUGGUUAGUUUUAAAACUUGAGGGGUUUAGUUCUCUCCUGGUUUGAUUUAUUUACUGAGCAAAUCACAUCACUUCAUAUAGCUGAUUAAAAAUUCGAAAUAUUUUUAAUUUCCCAAUGAUAUUACUUAAAUUGAAGCAAAUGUCUCAAUUAGUCUCAUAACAUAGGUUGUAGUAGAAAAUGUAAGGUAAAUUAAGAAAAUAUUUUAAAUGGUUUAGUGGUUCUUGUUUAAAUAUAGGGUAACACAAAUGCAGAUUCUUUAUUCAUUAAAGGUAAAAAUAUUUUCAAAUAUUUUCCAUAAUUAACAAAAUGAUGACUGUUUUCCUGCUCAGUUAAAGUGACUAAUAAAAAAACCUAAAAAAUAAAAAAAUAAAGGUCAAAUACAUUAUUAAGCAAUUGUUCUAUAAACCUGCAGAAGGAAACAGGAGUCAGCAAUAGAAAGUCACAAACUUUGUGUACUUAAUUGUAAACAAGGACCAUGACUCUCAUUUAAGUUUGACUCUAGCAUCCUGGACUCCUGGAGAAAAGAAGACACCUGUCUCUCUAACUACUAUUGACUGAUAAAGUCUAGCUACCUAGAGGGUGAAUAGCAUUCUUAUUUGCAAUCGGAGAUCUCAAGCAAAAUGUUAUUUCAGGGGGAAAAAGAAAGAAAUUGUACUUUAAAAAUAUCUUUUCUUGAUCUUAUUCUUCAUUAUUACCCUUAGUCCCCCUUUCUGUAUCCAAGUCUGAUAAUAUUGAUAACAUCAUAAACAAACAUCCCAAAAGACGGGAAAAGGGAGUAUGGUAAAACACUGCCUCUACAAACAUUUAAGAAACAAGAAUCAAUCAUAAAAUGAAUUUUAAGAUAAGGCUUGCUGAUAAUAAAAAGUGGAAACCACAUGAACUGGCUUUCUCAGGAUGAGAAGGAUGAGAAGACAUUUUUGUGGUCUCUUACUGUGUAGGUAAUUAGGAAGAAAGUGCAGGAAGACUCAAACAGGGACCAUGGCCUUUCCCAUAGAACACGCUCCCCUGGGUACACAAUGAGCUAUUUCUUUCCUGAGGAUAUUGAACACUCUCAGGAUUUAUCAGCAGGAAACAGGUCAGGAACCCGGUGACAGCAGGAAGUUUGAGAAGGGUAAUGGGGGAAUACAAACAGAUUACAUACUAGGUACAAGAGUUGAGUGGUUGUCCUGCGGCCAGCCUUAAUGUUUGGGAGUCAAGUGCAGUUUUUGAAAGUCACACAAAAAGUACUGUGUGACUUGAGAUACUCAAAAUUCACUGUAUGAAUAGAUUCUAACAACAAACUUAUUAGUCUAUUAAUAUUAUUUCAGUAUUUUAUUGGUGUAUUUAGUGUGCAAUACUAUGUAGCAGAACCUUUUUCCAAUUGCAGAGGAAUUAUCAUUUUUCUCUUUUUUUAAUAAGUUCACUCAGUGAGAUGCAUUAAAAGUACAUAAUUUAUCAUUAAUAGGAUUGGGACAUGAAUCUGGUCCUCUUAUGGCUAAUUACCAUCAACAAGGACAGGCAUCCUGGAUCACUAGCAAUCUGCACUAAGAACUCUCCCAACCUCUGCAUCUAUGUAGGUGUAUCAUGACUGCCUGGGACAUUGUAGACUCCUGUAUCAUCUGCACUGUAGAUAAAUCUCAGGCUUGUAAAUACAGCAUUGUAUGUAUACAGGCUGGAUAACAUUAGCCAGAGGAUGUUUGCACUUGGUUUCCUUGUACUUUUCUGAGAAGAAUUGUCAGUGCUUCCCAUCCUUUCUCUAAACAUAGCCCGAUGACAAGCCUUUGAAGAAUCUCAGAGACAAACAGUCUUUACUGUUAAAAAUCACCAUUGUUACUGUUUUCUAGAUUAGUAUAUUUAGCUACCAGCUGCCAGCUGCAAAAACCACACAGUCUACAACUUCUGAGCUCUUUAUUCUCCCAGGAUCAGCAGAAAGCUAGAGUGUGUGUGUGUGAGAGAGAGAGAGAGAGAGAGUGUGUGUGUGAGUGAGUGUGUAUGCGCUUCUACCUUUUAAAUGCCAUGUCAAGGUAAAAAACAAGACAAAGGCACAGUCUUCUCAUUUCUACGGCACCAUAGCCACUGAGAAAUGAACUUCAGGUUGAAGGAUGCUUAGCUUCAUUUAAAUAAUUUCUGCUGCCUCAGUAAAUCAGGUUUUUUAAAAAUUAUUUAUCUGUUAUGCCAUUGUAAUAAGAAGGAAGGGAUGAAAAUCUUGUACCUCUCAGCGUCUUCUUGUCAUAAUGAAAGAUUAAAUACAACCACAUUGAAUUUAGCAACUAUUUAUUGAGAGCAUGCUAUGUAGUAAGGUUUAGAGAUGGCACAUGGUAGACACAGAAUAUGAUAAUAACCAUUAUCAAAUUUUUCCUUCCUGUAAAUGGCAAGCUUUUUUGUGUCAACUUUUCUACCUAAAAUAUGAUUUUCUAUUGUCUGCAUGUAACAUUAGGGUUGCAUUCUUAAGCAGUAUUUUGAAGUGAAUUAUACUAUAAAUUUGUAGUGGGGAAGUUGAGACACAGAGACAGGCAGUUGAAAGUGCCAGGCUGUUAAUCUUGGCAUCGCAGACUGUGAGCUGUUUGACUGGUGAGUGGUGGCAUCGAAGGUGCCACCUACACUGCCGGGCAUGCUGGUGCUGAUGUGUUGACUAUCCCUUCACCUAUGUGGAAGUUUCCUUUCCCAGUAGAAUUUUGCAGCCUGAAAAGCACGGUCAACUCUACAGCUAGAAGAAGUUUUCAUUCUUUCUGAGACAGACCAGAAAGAGUCAAUGACUCUACAGCUUUCGGGAAGGAGUCAAACCUGAUAAAUGAUAUUUUUAAAGUACUGUUUAGUGUUAUUAGAAUUGUAAUAUAUUGGGGUUUUAGUAAGUCUUUAAUGUAAAUAGGCUUUUAAUUCUUGUGAAUGAUUCGAGCUAUCAGCCAAGCAGCCUCUUUACUAACAAUGGGUCAGACUGCCUUGAUGGCAGUCGAGCGGUUUGGAUGUUUUACUCUGAGGACACUCUAGCUGCUGAAGAGGAUCACUACCUCAUGGCUGAAGACAGGGUCCAGGUGCGAUGCUCACUUAGCUGGAACAUCCUGUGGAAAGCAGCAUUCUUUGGCAAACUGCAGAUGGCCAGGCACAUCUUGCUGCUAUUCCCACUCUGGCCAGAGGGGGAGCACUUCCAACCCGUGGCCCCCGGGGAAGACCUGUGAGUGUGUAAAGAGUCUGUGCGGUCUCCUAGUCUAUUAAGUGAGCUGAGCACCAGAAGCAGCUACUGCUCUUCAGUCACCAUCACCAGGGCACAAGCGAUGGGCGCGAGACCAGCAGAAGAAUUCCAGAAAGUGGUCAUGGCAGAAAGGAUGGACAGCGGAAGCAGAGAGACACUGAGAAAUGGUGGAGUCAGAGACAAUAAAAGAAAAGGCAGAAAAGCAAGGCUGAGGAAAGACGGAAAAGAGAAAUAGUGGGUUGUGGAAGAGCCAUCUAUGAACCAGAACACUAGUGGGAGCUGCCUGCUGCUACUGACUGCUGUCUGGUGCUGCUGCUGAAGGUCUGCGAUUUCAAAAGCUGCCGAGAGCUGGGGCCAGUGCUAACUGAAGUCCAGAGCAAUAAGCCUUCAGCCUGCACACCCAGAUUCUAGAACAAUAGACCCUAAACUCCAAGGCUUAGGAACUGUAAGCCUCUAUAUCUGUGAGGUCAACUCCUAGGCCUUGGGCCUCAGAAGAGGAGUACCAGCUCUGGAGGUAUGCCACCCUUCUCACUUUUCUCUAAAGCUGAAGGACCCCAGGCAUAUGAUUGGUGGUAACACUACAGUUUGGAAAUCUCUAUGAGUUUUCUCAGAACAUGAUCAUAUGGUAUACAGUUCCUGGAAGUUGAUCUUAUGAAAACUCUAUCAAUUGUUAAGUAUAGUGGUAAAUUUAUUUAUUAAAAAAAAAGCAAAUCAGGGAUUACUGUGCAAACUCCUACAACGAUGGCUAGAUUUCUUUGUGGUAUGAAUAAUCACUUUGGACUUCUAAAUAAACAAGAAAUAAUUUUC